GGUUGGGAGGGUGUUGCAGGUAAGGACAGUGUAGGAGUAGGGAUGGAGAAGUGGGAGGAGUUAGAGAAGUGACGUAAACGGAAGCUGGGAACCCCAGGGACAGAGCUUGGAGAAGUGGACUGGAGAGGUAAAGCCAGAAGUGCCCAGUGCCUAUUCCCUGUCAUUGCUCCAGUGGAGAACCGCAUGGUGCAGACCUAGGUGCGGAGGAGUCGGCGGGUGUCGCGGGGACGCGAAAACUCCCCGGAGCCGCAGUCGCCGCGGGGCGGCCUGGGAAAGUCAGCAGUGCAGUGGCGGGAACCGCAGCCCGGCGGCCCUGGAACCUCCCAGGUCAGAGGAGCUGCGGGUCUGGGACCCAGGAGGGAAGGGACCAGGGGUGCCAGCUGUUUCUCACAAGGAAACUGGCUCUGAAAUUCUGCUGUGGUGUCUUCCCUUGCCGAUAAAUUUCAGGGUCAACUGAUCACCCAGCCUGCUCACUGUGCUGCAGAACAAAGAGGCCUGGAAGAUGGAGGCUAAGGAUGCAGGGCAGCAAGCCAUCUAUUCAUUGCUCUUGAAAGAGAAACUCAAAGAAGAGAAACAGAAAGAAAUGGCUGAUUCUCCAGUAAACUCCCAGGGUCUGUUGACAUUCAGGGAUGUGACUGUGGACUUCCUUCAGGAAGAGUGGGAAUGCCUGGACUCUGCUCAGAGGGCUUUGUACAUUGAUGUGAUGUUGGAGAAUUACAACAACCUGCUCUCAGUGGAAAACUAUUAUGUAUGUGAUCCUGUCCAUCAACAUAUGAAGACUGAAAAAGAGUCUUAUCAGUGUAAUAAGCUUGACGACGUGCUUCAUGACCCCACCACAUGUGCACUUUAUAGAACAUGUGAUGCUACAAAAAACUCUAAUAACUACAGGUGCAGUAAUCACAGGGAUGCCUCUGUUGACUCAUCAAACCCAGAUAGACCUGACAGCAUGCACACUGGAGAAGAACCUUGCAAAUCUAAAGACUGUGGGAAAUCUUUAAAUUUGUGUCCCAACAUUACUCAAGAUGAGAGAGUGUACACUGCAAAGAAAGAGCACAGGCAGGAAGAAUGUGGUGACACUUUUGGUUCUAGAAACAGUCUUUUCCAACAAGCAGUCUACAUUGUAGAGAAACCACACCAAUGUGGGAAAUGCAAAAAAUCUUUCGGUACUGCCUCAAGUCUCACUGUACAUCAGAGAAUUCAUAAUGGAAAUAAGCCCUACAAAUGCAACUUUUGUGGCAAAUCCUAUAACCAUUGUGCAAAUCUUAGAAUACAUCAAAGACUUCAUACUGGGGAGAAACCUUACAAAUGCAAAGAAUGUGGAAAGUCAUUUCGACAGUCUGCAGCUCUUAAAAGCCAUCUGGAAAUACAUACUGGAGAGAAGCCUUAUAAAUGUAAGGAAUGCAACAAAUCCUUUGCCCACCAUUCCAGUUUCAGGAGACAUGAGAAAAUCCAUACUGGAGAGAAGCCUUACAAAUGCAACAAGUGUGACAGGGCAUUUACACACUGUGGAUCACUUAGAUGGCAUCAGAAAAUUCAUUCUUUAGAGACAUUUUACAAAUGUAAAGAAUGUGGUAAGUCCUUUCUUGAAUUAUCACAGCUUAAAAGGCAUCACAGAAUCCAUACUGGUGAAAGGCCUUACAAGUGUGAGGUCUGUGACAAAUCCUUUACUGUGAACUCACAUCUUAAAAGACAUCAAAGAAUUCAUACUGGGGAGAAACCUUACAAAUGUAGGGAAUGUGAUAAAGCUUUUACUACAUGCUCAUAUCUUAGAGAACAUCAGAAAAUUCACACUGGGGAGAAACCUUACAAAUGUAGGGAAUGUGACAAAUCUUUUACUACAUAUUCGUACUUCAGAGCACAUCAGAAAAUUCAUACUGGGGAAAAACCUUACAAAUGUGGAGAAUGUGACAUGUCUGUAACUCAGGGGUUUGCUCAUAGAGAACAUCUAACAAUUCAUACUAGGGAGAAACCUUACAGAUGUGGAGAAUGUGACAAAUCCUUCACCCAGCGUUCACAUCUUAGCACACAUCAGAGAGUUCACACUGGAGAGAGACCUUACAGUUGUAAGGAAUGUGACAAAUCAUUUACUAGGUAUUCCUACCUCAGAGCACAUCACAAAGUUCAUACUGGACAGAAACCUUACAAAUGUAAGGAAUGUGAGAAAUCCUUUACAGACAACUCACAGCUUAGAAGACAUCAGACUGUUCACACUGGAGGGAAAGCUUACAGUUGUAAGGAAUGUGACAAAUCCUUUACCCGUAGUUUAAACCUUAGAAUACAUCAGAGAAUCCACACUGGAGAGAGACCUUACAGUUGCAAGGAAUGUGAGAAAUCUUUUACUACAUGUUCAUUUCUUAGAGAACAUCAGAAAUUUCAUACUGGAGAGAAACCUUACAAAUGCAAAGUCUGUGAGAUGUCCUUUAAUCAGAUAGUGCAUCUUAGAACACAUCAGAGAGUUCAUACUGGAGAGAGACCUUACAAAUGCAAAGACUGUGAUAUGUCCUUUAAACAGGUAGGGCAUCUUAAAACGCAUCAGAGGAUUCAUUCUGGAGAGAGACCUUACAGUUGUCAGGAAUGUAACAAAUCUUUUACUAGGUGUUCCUACCUCAAAGCACAUCAGAAAAUUCAUACUGGAGAGAAACUUCACAAAUGCAAAGACUGUGACAUGGCCUAUAUCUAUCUUUCAAAUCUUAGAAGACAUCAGAGAGUUCACACUGGUGAGAAACAUACUAUUAUAAAUGAUAGUUAGUGAUAUAUUCAAUCCUAAAGAGAAGGUCCUGAAGCGCAGAAGUAGAUAGUAGCUUCAGGAAGUCACAGAAAUUGGCAAGAUUCACUAGUGCUCUCCUGCCUCAAGCAUGUAUAACCAGUAAGGACUGCUGACACACUCAAACAAGCUGAGCUGCACAGAAGAUGCUCAGACCAGCCAUGAAGAAGACACCAGUCAAGUUGCUUGGACCAGGCAAGACAAGCUGCCUGGAGGAGGUAGUGAGUGGCUGGAAAGACACUUCCUACCUCCCUUGAGCUGCCUGCAAGCUGUGCAGUGAUGUCCCGUUUUCUAGUUUAAGUAGCCAUCACGAUGCAGUCAUAAUAUAGUCCUUUCUGCUUUUGUAAGACACCUCAUAAAACCUAGUGGUCCGCUUGACUUUAGAGAUGACUCAGUGGUAAAGAGCACUGUCUUCUCUUUCCUAAGACUCACUUGAAUUUCCAGCAUCCUCACAUGGACGCUCAAUCUGUAACGGCACUGCAAGACCCUCUUCUGGAUCUGCUAGCACUAGGAACACACAUGGUGCACAGACAUACAUACAGACAAAACACCCCUAAAAUAAUAAACGACAUUGGAUCACAAAGUUGAACGUUGUUCAUUCCACAUUAUUUGUUAUAGUAGCCCCAGAGACCAGCUCUCAAGGCUACCCCCAGCGUUCGAAGGGAAUCUCUACAGCGUAGUAAAACUGAACUUAAAGGUUUUUAUUCUUGAUGGGUACAGAAUAAAGUCAUACACGUGUUGUCUGAAUCAUGCUCUUUAUUUUCUUCCUUUAGUUUCAAAUAUCUACAGUUUAUGUCCACAUACCACAGCAAUUCUUUGGCAAUAGAAAACUUACAGGGAUAUUGCUCAGGGUCACAAAGCGGUUUUUGUAGAUAGGUAAGAGACACAUACAGCAAUAACUUGUCAGCUUGUUUUAUGGCUGGCUGCAGUUGGGUCUGAACAGUUUCAACUGACCUCUUAAAGAAGAGGGGUCACAAAGGGGAGAAACUACACAGAUUUCUUAGAGAAAUCUAAGAAGGAAGCCAAGAAUUCAUCCAUUAUUCUACAGUUCUUAAGUGUAGCGAAAUUUAUAAGCUAGUAGUUUGUGACCAAUAAAACACAAAAAGGCAAAAUGUAAGGAAAUGGGGUUUUCUCAUGCCUAGAGUGAAGCCAUGCUCCGGAGUGGGGGUGGGGUGGUCAUUGAGUAACCAUGGUAACCUGCCUAAAAGGUAGAGAAAACAUACAGUUCUGAUUCGCAUCAGCAUAUUCGAUAAACGUUAACUGGCAAAGAAAGGCAUUUCAGAUCUAAAAAUACUUCUUUUACCCUAAGUGUGGUUUCAGAACAAAGAGGAGACGUAUUAAAUAUUUUGUUCAAAGUUGGGACUGGGCAUCUUCCUGCCGUUCUGACCACCUCCGGGUUCCAUUUCUCAUGGUGGAUGAGUGAGAAAGCUGUCUCUCUCCGGACAUGGUUAGUUUGGUUGGUUAAGAGCCUCUUCCUAUUAAUCACACAAAUCUCAGGACUAAGACAUAAACAGUAUACUGAGCCUAACGUAUUGUAUCAAUAAACUAAAGUCAAAGUAUGUACAAAGUAUUAAUAGCCUUUAGGGGUCCAAGCAGGGAAGUGCCGUGGUUUCUGUUAUUAGCUGGCAGUGUGAGUUCAGGGCAAUUUUGUUCUCGUUAAUCUCUAAAGAGCUUUGAUUUAGCAAACUCAGACAUCCUGCAAUCCCAUCCUUGGGUAUUGUCUGUGAAAUUCCUACUUGUGAUCUAUCCACAGAGACACCAUGUCUGACCAAAUUGUUCUGUCAGUAUGUUAAUUAUAGAGAACAGUCUUCUAAUUUUUUUUUAUCAUAAAAUGGAACAAAGACUUGACUAUGAGACGUACUUUAUUCACCAGAAUUACACAGUAUAGGGAGAAGUAAUCCUUCUAUCAGUACACAGGAAUAAUUUGUGCCCGAUUAAUCAAGAAUACAUUGCUAAGGUUGUGGUACAAGUCCCAAAGGUGUUUUAGAGGUGGACCAUGGUAUCACAAGAGAAUUACAUGUAGACUCAGACAGCUAUUCAAAAGGGAGUCUUUCUCUCUUUUCUCCAACAUCAAUUAUGUAUAUCUCUGGUGGGUUGGCCUUCUAAAUAUCAGCUGUAAUCUACUGCAUAAUCUUAUGGACUCCAUCAAUUUGUCAUUGGUUCCUCAUCUGCAAAAAGUUGAUGUUUAUCCUGUUUCCAGAGAACUAGUG